GCUAACCUACAACACGGGGGGCGGAAGACACGGCGGCUCUCAAGUGAGAACCAGGUCGCUGGAGAGAACCACAGAGCCGACAUUAAUGUGGUAACCGACCUGUGAGGACAGUUUGCUACUUUCACUGUCGACAUAUUGUGGAUAAGACUGCCGUUUAUUUUUCAUGGACUCCCCAGUAACUAGCUAAGCAUGGCGGAACACACCGUGUCCUAGGAGUCCAGUGCUGACAGUGUGGACUGAACGGAAGAAAGAAGAGAGUGAUUUGAUACGUUUCACCAUCGGAGAAGAUGGGUGAGACGGAUGAUGAGCGUACUGCGCAGGCCAGCAUGCUCUUUGAGAACUUUGUCCAGGCAUCCACCUGUAAAGGGACUCUGCAGGCCUUCAGCAUCCUCUGCAGGCAGAUGGAGCUGGAUCCUCUGGACUACAGCAACUUUUACAGCUCACUGAAAGCUGCAAUCAGCACCUGGAAGGUCAAGGCGCUUUGGACCACACUGGACAAAAGGGCACAGCACAAGGUCUACAACCAGAAUAAAGCCUGUCAGGGCACCAGGUGCCUGAUCAUCGGCGGCGGUCCUUGUGGUCUGCGGACAGCCAUCGAGCUGGCCCUGUUGGGCUGUAAGGUGGUGGUGAUCGAGAAGAGGGACACCUUCUCCAGGAACAACGUGCUUCACCUCUGGCCCUUCACCAUCCACGACCUCAGGGGCCUCGGAGCCAAGAAGUUCUACGGCAAGUUCUGCGCCGGCUCCAUCGACCACAUCAGUAUCCGCCAGCUCCAGCUGAUGCUGCUAAAAGUGAGUCUGAUUCUGGGAGUGGAAAUUCAUGUUAACAUUGAGUUUGUCAAACUUGUGGAGCCACCAGCAGAGCAGACUGAUGACGGGUCUGGUUGGCGAGCAGAAGUCCGGCCCUCCAGCAAUCCUGUCUCGGACUUUGAUUUUGAUGUGGUGAUCGGAGCCGACGGACGCAAAAACACAUUAGACGGUUUUGGUCGCAAAGAGUUUCGAGGGAAGUUGGCCAUCGCCAUCACGGCUAACUUUGUCAACAGGAACACCACAGCAGAGGCCAGAGUGGAGGAGAUUAGUGGUGUAGCCUUCAUCUUUAACCAGAAGUUCUUUCUGGAACUCAAGGAGGACACAGGAAUUGACUUGGAGAACAUAGUUUACUACAGAGACAACACCCACUACUUUGUCAUGACGGCAAAAAAGCAGAGUCUGCUGGACAAAGGGGUCAUCAUGAAUGACUACAUAGAAACAGAGCGGCUGCUGAGCGCUGACAACGUCAACCAGGAAGCACUGCUCUCCUACGCCCGUGAGGCAGCUGACUUCGGCACAAACUACCAGCUACCGUCCCUUGAUUUUGCCAUCAACCACUACGGGCAGCCGGAUGUAGCCAUGUUUGACUUCACCAGCAUGUACGCCUCAGAGAAUGCCGCCUUGAUCAGGAAGAAGCAUGGACACCAGCUGCUGGUCUCGCUGGUGGGAGACAGUCUGCUUGAGCCCUUCUGGCCGACGGGAACAGGCUGUGCUCGGGGUUUUCUGGCCGCCUUCGACAGUGCCUGGAUGGUGAGGGGCUGGGCACAGGGCAGGGCUCCUCUCGAGAUCCUGGCUGAGAGGGAGAGUAUCUACCGUCUGCUGCCUCAGACCACCACAGAGAACAUCAGUAAGAACUUUGAACAGUACGCCAUCGAGCCUGCCACCCGCUACCCCAACCUCAACUCCAACUGUGUACGCCCACACCAGGUGCGUCACCUGUUCAUUGACGGCCAACAGGACUCGUGUCACCUGGAAAGAGGAGGACCGACACGUAGAUCAGUCAACUUGUCCAGAAGAGAGUCCGAGGUGCAUCCUGGCCGGCUGCUGACCUGGUGUCAGAAGCAGACUCAAGGAUACAGAGGGGUGGACGUCACCAACCUCACAUCUUCCUGGAGGAACGGCCUGGCCCUCUGUGCUCUCGUACACCGGCAGAGGCCUGAGCUCAUUGACUAUGAAUCUCUUAACGAAGAGGACAUGGCAGGGAACAACCAGUUGGCGUUCGAUUUGGCUGAACGAGAGUUUGGCAUCCAGCCAGUGACGAGGGGAAAGGAGAUGGCUGAGUUGGCUGAACCCGACAAGCUGCUGAUGGUUCUCUACCUCUCCAAGUUCUACGAGACCUUCAGGAACUCCAAAGGAAACCACAACGGUUCAAGAGAACCAGAUGAGAAUAAUGAGGGAUAUCCAGCUAAAACCAACCACAAACUGCUGAACCUGCAUCAGUCCAAGAAGAGGAUGCCCAGGGAUGACAAAACAGAAGACGAUUCUGUUAACAAGAGACAGCGAAAGGGCAACCACUACCUCACAGAGUUGUCUUGUCACAGUGCGACCCCUGCUGGUGAGGAUGGGGAGCUGCGGGAGAACAAGGUCCGCUCCAUGGCAACUCAGCUGCUGGCCAAAAUUGAGGAGAACUCCUCUGCUGCAAAGACACAUGGCAAGUCUGACGAGGAAACAUCCGAUCCCUCCUUUUCUCCUCUUCUGUCUCCUUCCACCUCCCCACUUCCUCACUCAAAGGAGAAGUAUAAUGAAGGGGAGGAAGAUGAGGAAAACCCCCGUUUUGCAAAACCCAAGAAUGUCCCCCUUCCUCCCCCUCUGCCUCCCCCUCGUCCGAAGUGGCAGCCGUCCGUCUACCUCCGCUUGCUGGAGAAUCCCAGUGCUAUGGCUCAGCAGACCACUUCCCUCUAUUCCCCCGAAUCUCCUCCGCCUCAGUGCGGCUACAGUCGCUCUCCUUCGCCCACACACUCUCCUCCCCACUCACGGAGCCCUCAUGUUACGGAACAGCACUACCAAGAACACACCUCUCCUGACCCGACAGCCAGUCAUUUCUCUGCUUCUUCUUCUCUGUCUGCUUCCAACGCUGAUCUUUCCUCAGAGAGGUCAGAGGAGUCAAUGCAGCAGAGUAAAGCCCGGGGACUGUCUACUAGAGAAUGUUGUGUGAAGAAUAUAAAGCAGAGAGCGGUCCUCCUCUCCUCCAUGUUUCCUGGCUCCAACAAACCUUCUCCUCUUUCUCCCGUUUCUGAAUCGCAGGUGGAAUUAUCUACCUUUUUCCGUCCUUCCUUGUCCCCUCCUCCUCCUCCUCCUUCUUCUUCGUCCUUUGUAUCUAAGAGCUCCAGAGUCUACCCUGUAGUGCACCCUGUCCCUGACCCCACUGCCCAGGCCGGGUUCUCCUCCACUCCCUCGUCUCACAGCGACUCUGAAAAACCUGUUGUUGAUUCCUCCACAUGCAACACCAAAACAUCUGCUGCCCUCUGUUCCACUCUCUCUGAUGAGAGCCAGGAGAUCUCGCCUCCCCUCUCUGACACUAACUGUGAACACGGACGCAGCAGAUCAUCUCACCAUCCAAGCUAUUUACUGCACAAGGAAAUCUAUGAGAGUGUGCGUGAGAGUUCUUGGAAUAGUGUGAAGCGUGAGCAGGAGAAGGUCCACCAAACCGCUCAGGAGACAUUUGAUGAUAAGAAAUUAGCCAAAAGUGAUGACAUGAAGUUCAAUGGGAGCUGCAGUCUUGAGAACCCGAGAAGAAUCAUUCAAAAGUCAGUUGUCCGCUCUGAGAGUUGUCCGACUGGAGCUCUUCGUUACAUUAAAGAGCGUACAGUCGGAAAGGUAUCGUCAGCCAUUGGCGCUAAAGCUCAGAAACUGGCCGUCCUGUAUGAGACGGACCACAGGCCCAAUGCCACGCCGUGUGUGGUGCGUAAGGACUGCCUUCCCGGGCUCGGCGGCAGCGACAUCUGCCACUUCUGCACCAAGCGGGUGUACGUGAUGGAGAGACUGAGCGCUGAAGGAUACUUUUUCCACCGCGAGUGUUUCCGCUGUGAAGUCUGUAACAGCACCCUCCGUCUGGGAGGGCACAUCUUCGACUCGCAGGAGGUGAAGUUCUACUGCAAGAUGCAUUAUGCCCAGAGUCAGUCCAGCACUCGCAUGGGGAGGUUCAGAAGGAGGAUGGAAGACCAAAGCUGUGUCCCACCCUCGUCGUUGGACAGUGGGAGCUGCUCAGCGACAGGCAGCGUGCAGAUGCAACCCCCAGGUGUGGCGUGCAGCUUACAUUCAGAUCAGCUUUAUAAAGUUGAGCAAAUGAUUCCUGAGGAAACAGAGAUGGCUGUUGAAGCUCUGGAUGAUUCCUGUCUAGUCAACACCACAGCACAAGAUACUGCAGGGGCCAAUGGCCCAGAGCUGGACCGUACCAAAGAUCGCUGUAACCCCAAACAGGAUAAUCGAUGGAAGCGGAAGAUCAGAGCAACCCUGCCUCUGAUCUUCAUCAAGCGCUUCCAGAGAAGCUGUACGCAGGACAAAGACGGCCCAGAGACGGUCCCUGAAGCAGACUCUGAUUUUGAGGAGAUCACUUCAGCAGAGAAACAAGCUAAGUCCGACGGAACUUCCAAGACAUCAGCAGAUAACCAGAAUCCCUCAGAGGGAAGCGAGAAGAGUGACGAGCGCUCGGCUACAGUAAAGAGCGCCGCAUACGGCUCAUCCACCCCAAAGAAACGCUUGAUGUUAACUCUAUCUGAGAAGGAGAAGCUUCUGAAUUGGGACAUUCUGCCCACACCAGAGGAAACUGUGAUCAACACAAAGACCAAAAACGCACAACAACACAAAGACCAGGUACAAGCAGAGACAGAAGCAGAUAAGCCUCAGACCGACUCGGGCCAGGAUGGGGAAGCAUCCCAGAGCCAAACCUCUGCCUCGUCCCCCUCAACCCUCCAGCUUAUAGCAAACGCCUUUAGGAGGACAUUUAGUGUGACCAAUCCCUCCAGCAGGUCCAACACUGCAGUCACAAUGAGGACCAAAUGUGGCGACCCCACAAAACAGAGGCCCAUGUCAGAAGGAGCGCUGAGCUGUAGCCUCCCCCUCAGCACUGGGGGUCCAGAGCCAUCCAGAGAGGAGAGAACAGCCGGCAAGCGCCAAGCUCUGUGUGCAACUGUAGGGGCCCACCCGUGGGGGGUGGGGCGGGACCUGCCCUCUCUGUUGCAGCAGGUGUCCCUAAAGGGCCGUAGAGGCUCUGGAGGGGUGUUCUCCGACGACAUGGCCUCAUUGCCCCGCAGGAAGGUCAACUUGUUCUCAUCCCUGAGGCUGAGGAAGAGGCACGAGUCGGAGAGUGAGGGGCAGGACCAGGAGGUGCAAAAGAAAAUCAAGACGAUACUCGGCAACCUCAGAAACAAAGCCUCCAGACAACAGAGUCUUGAAGAGCCUUCCUCUAGUGACGAGGAAAGUGAAAACCUCACAUCCAAUCAGAAGCUGUGUCCGGAGAGACAGAGGAGGAAGCAGGAGAAGACGGUGGCCCAGCAGACUAAGAGAGAGCAGCUCAAGAGGCUUCACAGAGCUCAGACCAUCCAGAGACAACUGGAGGAGGUUGCAGAGAAACAGAGGGAUCUGGAGGAAAGAGGAGUGUCCAUAGAAAAGAUCAUAAGAGGAGAAACAGACUCUCAGACGACGGACAGUGACGAGGCCGAGCUCUAUCAGUCCUGGUUCAAACUUGUUCUGGAGAAGAACAGAUUGGCGCGCUAUGAGUCUGAACUCAUGAUCUUUGCUCAGGAGCUUGAACUGGUGGACACACAGAGCCGAAUGCAGCAAGAUCUACGACACAGGAUGGCAAUAGAAGAUACAGAGAAGAGUGCCUCUGAGCUGCAGAAGGAGCAAGAGAUCCUGUCAGAGAUCAUGAGGACGGUGGAGAAACGAGACAUGUUGGUCUCUAUGCUGGAGGAGCAGAGGCUGAAGGAGAGGGCGGAGGACCGGGACCUGGAGAGCCUUGUGCUGUCCAGGGGCUACGAGUUUCACUGGGCCCAGGCAGAUGACAGCUGGGAGCAGGAGAAGCUGGGGUGAAUGUUGAGCACCUCAAUGGUAAAAAGAAAGGACUGAUAGUUCAGGGUACAAAAGUGCUGCGAGUGCUGGACUCAGCGGUGUAAUCUGUCAUAAACUGACUAAUCAACAGCUGCUUUAUGUGGUUGCUUGCCUUAAGUGUGGAAUUGUUGUGACAGAUUUGUUGUUGAUGCAACACUGGAUAGCCUCACUGGAUCGCACAUGGAAUGACUCGAAACGUUCCCUCAAGUUUUAGUGUUUUGCACAGAGGUGUUUGUUUUUGAAUCCAGAGAUGUGCUUAUGUAAUUCACUGUUAGUCACUACAUAGCUAUGUGAGAGUGUAAGACCUCUUGUGUGUAUUUUAAUAUAAUUUUUUCACUUUGUGCUGGAACACUGUCAAAUAAAAUUCAAUUGUAUUUACACCGAGAUACCAUUGAACACUGGAGAAAUGGAAUUCUAACUGCCACAUAUUUGUAGCCAGACUGAAUCACAAGGCAGAAAAAUGCAUCUGCACAGGCUGAAACUUUCAUACCUGUUUCACAUCUGACCACACCUUCCAUUAACUGUCAAGGCAAACCACUUUCUCUGACAUCACUGACUGGGGAGAGGUCAGAUGUGCAACAUGCAUGAAAGUUUGGAUGUUCUUUGUAAUUCAGAGUGAAUUUACCUUCUCUCAGUUAAACUGUGAUUGUUUUGUUUUUCUGGUUUUUAAGCUAGUGUAUGGGCCGAAUCAAAAUGACAAGCUUACCUCCCUCUUGAGAACAUGAGUUAUAUAUGUACAUGAGUUUUGAUCCCAGGAUGAGGAUCCACACUUCUCAUUUGAUCUUCGGGCUUUAAAUGUUUAUAUUGUAAAUUAACACUAAAUUCACAAUGUGUUUAUGAUUUAAAAACUGUAAACUGUGUGUUUUGUUUGUGUUAUGUUGCCGCAAGUCUUUUAAUUGGAGAUACAUCUUAAAUAAAAAUGAAUGUUACAUUUUGA